UGUUUUGUUUUCCAAGUGAGCGGACGUGUGUGCUAGUUACUUAUUAAUAAUUUAAUUUAAUUUAAAACAAGAGGCAGCAGCAACGGCAGUCUAAAAGGUGAUUUUAGACAUACCCGUAGGUGAACAGAAACACACACACACACACACAUAUAUUAAAGUUUAAGUUGAGCAGCUGCUUUUUGCCAAAACGCUUAAAUGUCACAACACUCGAAAAAGAAUACAGCAGCGGUAGCAACGGCGGCAACAUCAACAAACUCAAGUAGUCAUGCCACAACACGUCACCGUAAUAAGCACGAAGACAACCACCAGCAGCAGCAGCAGCAGCAAAAUCAUCAACAGCAGCAGCAGCAACAUACCAACAAACACAACAACAACAGAAAACACCAUCAGCAGCAGCAUUCAUCGACGUCAACAACGACGCCCAAUGGCAAUUUAAGGGGCAAUAAUACAAAUCAUAAUACCAAUUCCAUUAGCAACAGCAAGUCGAUCGGCAGCAAUAUGCAGAUCCAUAGCAGUAGCAAUCAUAAAUCUCAAUUAAGCAAAAAGGAGAAAAACCAAAAAGACAAGGAACGUGAACGAGAACGUGCCGAACGUGGCCAACUGGUGCUUUGGCGUCGGCCAUGGCAAACAACCAAAUAUUGUGUCCUCGAACUGAUGGCGUUAUUGCGCACUUGGAGUAGCAGAUUACUGCAACAGCGCCUUCUCCUGGCCGUUUUAAUAGUAUUAGGCAUUGUAUUUAGCAUAAUUUACAAAUUCGACGGACCACAUCAAUUGGCUAUUGAGUUUAUUCGUCGAAAUACUUGGUUCUUUAUCUAUUGGCUUGGCUUGGGUGUCCUCUCAUCGGUGGGACUUGGAACUGGCCUGCAUACGUUCCUUUUAUAUUUGGGUCCGCAUAUAGCCAGUGUUACAUUGGCCGGCUAUGAAUGUAACUCCCUGAACUUCCCCCAACCACCAUAUCCAGACGAAAUCGUUUGCCCCGAUGAACCCUAUGUAAAACGAAUGCCAAACAUCUGGUCCAUUAUGUCCAAAGUACGCAUGGAGGCAUUCCUAUGGGGCGCUGGUACAGCUCUUGGUGAAUUGCCUCCAUAUUUUAUGGCAAAAGCGGCUCGUCUCUCUGGCUAUGAUCCGGACGAUGCCGAAGAGUUGGCCGAAUUCGAGGCCCUAAAUGCCAAACGGAAUCAAAAGAAUCUUAGCCUAAUGGACAAGGGUAAACUGUUCAUGGAGCGUGUGGUUGAGCGUGUUGGUUUCUUUGGCAUUUUGGCCUGUGCAAGCAUUCCUAAUCCGUUGUUCGAUUUGGCUGGCAUAACAUGCGGACAUUUUCUGGUGCCAUUUUGGACAUUCUUUGGUGCCACACUCAUUGGCAAGGCCAUCAUUAAGAUGCACAUACAGAAGGUAUUUGUGAUAAUUGCCUUCAAUGAGACGCUUAUCGAACGGGCUGUGGAUCUAUUGGCCGCAUUGCCAAUAUUUGGUAGCAAACUGCAGGAGCCCUUCAAGGCGUUCCUUAACAAUCAGAAGCAACGAUUGCAUCGACAACGUGGUCGUGGUGCUGGUGGCAAUGUUGCCGGCGGCAAUGCAACCGGCGAUUCGGGUAAUCUGCUCUCAAAGAUAUUCGAGACAUUUGUUAUUGGCAUGGUAUGCUACUUUAUUGUCUCUAUUAUCAACUCUCUGGCCCAGAGCUAUCACAAGAGGCUCCACAAGAAGGCCCCACCACCAUCAUCAUCAUCAAGGCCAAAAACGAUAUCCGCAUCCUCCUCCUCUGCCUUCACCUCGAGCAGCAGUAGCAGCAGCAGCAGUUUAAAAAAGGAGAAAGCCAAGCACAAGGCUUUACGCGAUUAGGGUCUAUACAAUAAACCAACAACAAGAACAGAAAA